AUUGGUAUUGGUAUAGAGUCGGCGUGUCCGUAUCCUUUGAGUGAACAAACGGUGUUUUGGUUUAAAGUUCCUCGUCAAAGUAUUAUGCAGAAUAAGCUAAUGCAGUUAAUGUGAAAAUAUUUAGAGGCCAAAUUUAUUCAUAACUAUAUACAGCAGAAAUCAGAUAUGGCAACGAAAGGGCUAGUCGCUUCGAUCAUUCAGUUUUUGACACAGCAACUGGAAGAGGGAGACAUAACUGCGGAUUCUCGAGAGAGUCUCGAAGUUGCCAUACAGUGCUUGGAGAGCGCUUACAAUGUACAAGCAUCAGACGCAUUACCCAACUUCAAUCUUCAGUCGGCUUAUCAAGCUGCUGCAGAUAGUGCCAGACCUAUAAUUAAGAAAGAAGCUACAGCGGAAGAAAAAGCUGAAGCUGAGAGACUCAAAACAGAAGGCAACAAUUUUAUGAAAGAGGAGAAACCACACGAUGCCCUCAGAAGUUAUACAAAAGCCAUAGAAUUGGACGGAAGUAAAGCUGUGUAUUAUUGCAAUCGUGCGGCGGUGCACAGCAAAAUGGGCAAUCAUCAAUUAGCGAUAAAAGACGCAAUGACGGCGCUCUCGAUCGAUCCUUCCUACAGCAAAGCUUACGCUCGUAUGGGUUUGGCUUAUUCGAGUUUGUUGAAGCACAAAGAAGCCAGGGACUGUUAUCAAAAAGCAAGUGAAAUGGAGCCGGAUAACGAGUGUUACAAGAACAAUAUACAAUUGGCGGAAGAGAAAUUGGCAGCACCACAAACCGGUAAUCCUGCAGGUCUCUGUGGGCUUGGCGCAGCAUUUGGAAACAUCGAUGUUGGUUCUCUUGUGGAACAUCCAACUUUUGUUAAUAUGGCCCGUGAAAUAUUUAACGGUCCAGACGCAAUGAAUAUAAUGAAUUAUUUUGCUGCCGGUGAUGUGGAAGGAAGCUCUCGUAGUAUCGAGGCAAUCAUGGAAGCUGGACAACGUUUCAUGGAAGAAAUGCGAAUGACAAAUCCCGAUUUAGUGGAGAACCUGAGACGUCAAAUGCAAGGUCCGAAUGAUCCUCAACCGCCACAGAAUAAUUGAGCUCUCGUCAAAAAUCUCUGUAAUUUUGCGACUUUCACAUCAGAGUAUGACGCGAAAGACGAGAAAAAAUGAGGCGUAAGAAAAACAAAUGAAAUGACGAAAAAACAGCAGGACAUAGAGAACUUUUUGGAAAGUACGGUGAUACUAAAUCUUGAUGUUUCGAUCGCUCCAAAACUUUGUGUAAUCAACAGUUUUAGAUGUAUCAUCUUUAUUGUACGUGGAAAGCAACCAUGCCAUUCAUCCAUAUUGCCCUAUUUAGCAACUGGAGUCGCGAAUUCCUGUGAAACAAGUGACUACUUUAUUUGAAUUCCUUUUUCUACAAGAAAAAAAUUUUCUAGCUCACCCAAGACCUUUUUUUCCACAAUUGUCGAAUGAUUUAUCCAUAAAAAUUAUUUUUCCUGUUUUUUUACUUCCCGUUGAAACUGUAAAAUUUGUCUCGAUCAUGAGAAGAUCUGUGUACUGAUCGAGAUUAUUAUAUACGAAUAUAAAAAAAUAUAUUAUAAUAUACAAGGUAGAACGUAUGCUGUAUGUGAUUGCGAAAUUUAUUCAAAAUCUUAUAGCAAUGUGACCCAUCGCGAUAUACGUCGUAAGCUUCCAAAAUAAAUAGUAGCGACAUACAAACUGUA